ACACACACAGAGAGAGAGAGUUAAAACCCCGGACGGAUGACUUCACCGUUCUGCCUGGGUUUCCUUUAUGAUCGCGGGAUUGCCCCCAUCCUACAGCAGACACUCACUCACACACUCGCACACACACUCACACACACCCCGCUUACACUCUGCGCGCUUCCUCGCGCUGCUUCCCGCCAGGACGCACUGACUUCGCCUUCGCGCGCGCGCCCGAGCCCCCUCCUGCGCUGUCUUAAACCGCGGCGUUUCGCGGAUAUUGACAGGAUUUGGUGCUGUUACUUGAACUGGGAGCUUCUGCUUCUUCGCUUCUGCUUCUUCUGUCGUCUGUUCUUCAGCUCGAACUUCUGUGCCAGCAUGUCCGAGGUUCUGCCGUACACCGAGGGGAAGAUGAGCGGCUACGGAGCGGACAACGACGUCAGCCAGAUGUCCUUCAGCUGCGGGCUGCAGGACACGAGCUCGUUCUUCGGGGCGUCGCAGGCGAAAAGACCCCCGAAACUCGGGCAGAUAGGCAGAGCAAAGAGAGUGGUCAUCGAGGACGACCGGAUAGACGAGGUGCUGAAGGGAAUGACGGACAAAGCGUCCCCGGGCGUCUAAAGCUCCAGCGGCGCCUCGCAGACAUUUCAUUUUUAACCAUCAGCGGUGUGGAGCAGCGCUCAGCUGUGCGGGAUGCGGGAUGCGGGAGGACGGAGAGACCGACGCGCUGCCACAGGGCGACAGGAGGGAAAGCACAGAGAGGUGGCGAGCACGAGAUUCACUCGGCAUUCGCCGGACAUUCUACAAAACGAAAAGCCGAUUUCUAUUUAAAAAAAAGAAAAAUUUUAAAAAUUAUUAAUAAAUAAAUAAAAGCAUAGCUGCGCAGAAAGUCAUCGACGCUGCCGCGGGUUCAUGUGGCUCCAUUAACCGCCUCUGCCUCCGCUUUCCACAGUGGACGGACUCGCCAUUACUCCACCACCAUUUCCUUCCAGAACGCGCCGUAUUCACACUGACCUCCGCGCGCGCAGGACAAAGCACAUGUCGAGCUUUAUUAUCGUCUCUGUACAGAACCUAAAACUCGAACUCUUAAAGCCUGUAGCCUUUACGCGCUUCAAAAACGUGAAAAGCGACGGGUGUGAACCCAAACAGCACCUGCUGACAGUGUAGAGUGCAUUCCAGCUGCUAGUAGAGCUGUUUAUGGUCUAACACACACACACACACACACACACACAAGUACAAACAAACAAACAAACAGCACCUGCUCACAAUGUAGAGUGCAAUCCAGCUGCUAGUAGAGCUGUUUAUGGUCUAACACACACACACACACACACACACACAAGUACAAACAAACAAACAAACAGCACCUGCUCACAAUGUAGAGUGCAUUCCAGCUGCUAGUAGAGCUGUUUAUGGUCUAACACACACACACACACACACACACACAAACAGCACCUGCUCACAGUGUAGAGUGCAUUCCAGCUGCUAGUAGAGCUGUUUAUGGUCUAACACACACACACACACACACACACACACACACAAACAAACAGCACCUGCUCACAGUGUAGAGUGCAUUCCAGCUGCUAGUAGAGCUGGUUAUGGUUUAAUACACACACACACACACACACACACACACACACACCUACACAUCACCUGCUGACAGUGUGUGCAUUCCAGCUGCUAGUAGAGCUGGUUAUAAUCUAACACACACAUACACACACACACACACACACACACACAGAGCACCUGCUCACAGUGUAGAGUGCAUUCCAGCUGCUAGUAGAGCUGUUUAUAGUCUAACACACACAUGCACAAAGUGUGUGCGAUGGUGCGAUGUUAAUAGCUGUAUUUAUUCUCUUCAUUUAAAAUGGCUGAUGAGGGUUAAAUGUAUAGCCUUCCAUAGUAUUUUGGCCCGAUUUUCAUGGCGAUGGCCAUGGUGGGCGUGCAUUAAAUUCACACAAUCAAAAUGACUCCAGAUGAAUAAUAGAUAAUAGCCUAUAAAAAAUGACCCAAUGUAAUUAAACCUCUGCAAGCAAGUUAAUUUUAUCUUUUAAAAAGAUAAAUGGCAUUGUCUACAUUUUGAGUUGUGCUCCUCCACCUCUUUGCAUGAACUUUUACCUUUGGUGCCAAUGCAGCUGACGUCAUAACUUUUAUGCCGUAUUCACAUUACUGCGGAAAAUCAACGUAGCGCAUGAUUUACACACUCCAGCACUGUCAGUGGAGCUGCAUAGAGCUGCGUGUGCAGGUUUGUAAACAUGGGGUGGCAAAGGGAGGGGCGAGACCACACUAAGGGGUAGCACCACUCACUUAUGUAGCUAUGGAAAAACAAUGAAGCUGUUUGGUGCAAAAUCAUUGGCCAUAUAAUUCAAUUACUGUAUUGGCCUUCUUGUUGUUGUUGUAUAGUUUCUAAUGCUGGAGGUAUUUGAUUGAAAUGUCUACACUAUCACAAUAAUCACUUAAAUCAACAUAAGCUAGAUAUGAUUCAUUGUGCAUGAAUUACAUAAGAAUAAUAGACCUGUAAGAGAUGUGAUUUGAGGUCAGAAUUGGUGUGGCACGAUUUAUUUAAAUGGUGGCAAGUGCUACAGCUGUGCCACCCAUUUGACCUUCCCUCUAGGUCCAUUGCAAACAGGUAGCAUAUAAGGCUAACAUUACACAGACAAAUACAUUUGUAAACUAUCCUUCAGGUUAACUAACUAAACUUACAGGUUGUUAUGGGGUUUAAUAUCGUAAAAGCAUCCAAAGGUUGUGGUUUUUUUAAGGUCAGUGCACAGUGGAGUUUAAGUAUAUUUUCAACCUUUGUCAUUGUACUCUACCAGCACAGGGUGGAAAAGGGACGGGGACAACACUCAAUUCAGGUCAAUGGCCAUGCAAACAUUUUUCCACAAUGAUAUGAAUACAGCUUCACUCAUGGCACGUUUGUUUUUAACAAAGUCAGUUUUGUAUUUUUUGCAUCUAAGUAUUUAUUAUAUAUAGCCUCUGCUAUUUUAUUGUCUUAAAAUUCAACAAAAAUGUUUCUAUCUUGGAAAGGAAUGAGAAGAUGGCACACCUGAAAGGGUUGUAAAGUCGUUUUGUAUCAGACAUGGGACUUGUUUUUGUCUUUCUUUUUCUCCCUUCAAAGGGACAUGCCGAAUGUGCUUCGGGGUUUAUUUGCACAAAUCAAUGUUACUACUAUAACUAAGAAAUCGUAUACUGUGACUUGAGCUUCAUUGAUUAAUUCGUUAGAAAAUGGUGACUUUAGACUCUACUGCACUGUUUACGACUAUCCUCAAAUAACAGUGUUAUUUGAUGAGUUUCUGAGCAUUAUAUCUAUGGGUUUUGUUGUUUAUUUUGUACCAUUCUUAUAAAGAAAUUGAUUAUGGUUUGUUGUGCAUGAAACUAACUUUUCAACAACUGGCAUCGUUUUAUGAAGCAAAGAAGCAACAAAAAUGUAAUCGCAUUCUGAGAAUGAUUCAUUGUAAAUUAUGAUGCCAUUUUCACUGUACCUGGUGAAUUAAUAAAUGGUGGGAAGAAACAUGAA